GAUCGAAGGAAUCAGAAUUUGCAAGCUCAGGCGGCCCAUGUCACUGAAGACUGUGAAGUAUAGGGAGUUCUUUCCCUGGUGAAAGCAACUGCCUGGCACAAACACGCUCUAAUACGCAAGCAUUCAAAUUUCAGCCUCCGCUUGCGCAUCCGCCAGCAUGCUUUCUGUCUGGCAAUGGCUCCUCAUCGGAGUCGUCUCGUUCUUCCUCCCCAUGUUUUUGUAUAUACCUAUGAUGUUUUUUGGGAUGAAGUCCAUGGGGGUGGAAAGGAGGACAAAAGGUUCUUUCGGAUUCUUUCACCCAUUCACCAAUGACGGAGGGGGCGGCGAGCGUGUGCUGUGGUGUGCAGUGAAAGCAGUUCAGGAGGAGUGCCCACAGUCAGAUGUCAUCAUAUACACUGUGGACAUGGCGACGCCCGAGUCUUUGGCUGCAAGAGCCGCAGACAAGUUUGGCGUGAAACUGCCCCAGCCUCUUUCCGUGGCGCGACUCUUUCGCCGCUCCUGGAUUGAAGCCAAGUCGUACCCGCGCUUAACUAUUUUGGGUCAGAGCCUAGGUUCCAUUGUCUUGGCCUGGGAGGCGCUCAACCUGUUCAUGCCGGAGGUCUUCAUUGACACCAGUGGUUACGCCUUCACCUACCCGCUCGCCCGCCUCUUUGGCUGCCGAGUCGUGAGUUACACCCACUACCCGACGAUCAGCCUCGACAUGCUGACACGUGUCAAGUCCCGACGCGCUCUGUACAACAACGACCAGGCCAUUGCGCAGAGCGGGCUUCUGUCAGGCGUCAAAGUUCAGUAUUACCGCCUGAUGGCGUUUCUGUACGGAUUGGCUGGAGCGCGAGCGGAUGUUGUGAUGGUCAACUCGAGUUGGACUGAGGCGCACAUCAACGGCAUCUGGAAGGUCCCCCAACGGACGUUCCGAGUUUUCCCACCGUGCGACACGGAGUCUUUGCAGGCGUUGCCGUUGGAGCGACCCGAGAAGGGACGGUACCUGCUGUCGGUCGCCCAGUUUAGGCCGGAAAAGGACCACCGUCUUCAGUUGAAAGCGUUUGCCGCAGCCCUCAAUAAGGCGUCCGGCAGAGAGGCGGGGGCUAGAGGGAACGACUUUUCCGUGGACUGGCGCUUGAAACUAGUGGGGAGCAGUCGGCACAAAGAAGACGAGAAGAGGAUAGAUGACCUGCGCGCGCUGGCCCGGGAGCUCGGCAUUGCCAACCGGGUGGAUUUCCACGUCAACUCGCCCUACUCGGAGCUGCAGAAAUUGCUCGGGGGGGCGUCCGCCGGGCUGCAUACGAUGCUCGACGAACACUUCGGGAUCGUGGUGGUUGAGUAUAUGGCCGCAGGGGCGGUGCCGAUUGCCCACAGAUCCGGCGGACCUCAGGCGGACAUCGUCGUGCCAGUUCCGCAAGUGGGCCUGCUGGCGGAAACGGUCGAUGAGUUCGCAGAGGCUAUCCACACCGUGCUCAAAUGGCCCGAAGCUAAGCGGAAAAGCGUGGCCCAGGCGGCGCGUGAAAAGGCGAAAGAGUUUUCGGGGGAGCGCUUUACGACGGAUUUUAAGAGGGCAGUUUAUCCGGUUCUGCCAAAUGACAAGAAAGCCAAGUAACGUCGCAGUCGUACUGCUUCAUCAAUCCAGAUCUAAAGAAAGGGACAAGCUUUUGAUGCUUGGCCAGAAGAGAUCAGCCCGCAAACCGGCCAGUGUUGAACGUUCUGAAUUGUCAAAACGGGCCGCCCGGCCCGAGGUAAAGUAAUGAUUGACUUCUUGCAAGCGUAUGUUUAAUAUAAAUUAGUAAUAAAAGGAACUGCAACUCGGAGUGGCGCGGUUUGCCGCAGUUUUAGCGCCAUGGAUCCCGUCACGGUGGUAGGGAAGUCAGUGACUCGAAAUGGACGGCUGCAGCGCAAAAUCUUUUGAUCGACUGCCCAUGUUUCAUGCAAG